AUGAGCAGCCCCAAACAAGCUCCUCACGAGGAGACCUCACAAGCGACCUUUGAGGCUGAUAUCGCCAUCGUCGGGGAAGCCAGCAAUACGAAGCGGAUAUGGUAUAGAACGGUGUUUUUUCAGGCCACCGUCAUUGGACUCUGUGCAUUCUUUGCGCCUGGGCUGUAUAAUGCCAUGCAGUCUACUGGAGCUGGCGGGCAACAGACUCCAUACCUUGUCAUGUCGGCCAACGCUGUUCUGGGGGUCAUGAUGGUUGUCACUUGCUCAAUGGGAAGCGUAAUGGCCAACAAGAUUGGACUAAAGAAUGCCUUGAUAUUUGGCACGACAGGAUACGCUAUUUACUCAGCAUCGCUGUACACAAACAACAGAUAUGGCACGGAAUGGUUUGUAUAUCUGGGCUCUGCAGCCUGUGGCAUAACAGCAGGCAUUUUUUGGGCGGCAGAAGGAGCCAUUAUGAUCAGUUACCCCGAAGACCAGAAACGUGGAAGAUACCUUGCGUACUGGCUUGCCUACCGUAAUGGUGGAUCAAUCGUUGGUGGCGCCAUCAAUCUCGCUUUCAAUUCCACUGGGAAAACAACUGGAAAGUUGGAUUGGAGAACAUACGUUGUUUUUGUGGCUUUGCAAUGCCUUGGGCCUUUUGUUGCCAUGCUGCUUUCACCUCCUGAAAAGGUCCAGCGUCAAGAUGGUAGAAAGGUCUCCAAGGCCGAGCAAAUCCCAACAACUGCUGAGCUGAAGGCCGUUGCCAAGAUUUUGAUUCGGAAAGACUUUCUUCUCGUCUUCCCUUUCUUCUUCUACGCCACAUUUCUGCUAUCAUACGCAGGAUCCUAUCUCUCACUCUACUUCUCAGUCAGAUCAAGAGCUCUAGCUUCCUUGGUUUCUGCAUUAGCACAGAUCACGGCCAACUUCUUCUUCGGCCACUUUCUCGACUGGACCAGAUUCACCAUCAAUCAGAGGGCCAGAUUUGCUUACUUCGGCAUGAUGGCUCUGUUUGGCGGCACCUGGAUUUGGGCAACUGUGAUUCAACGGGAGUAUGGUAAACGUGCCCCCGCAUUGGAUUGGGCUGACCAUGGCUUCGGCCGGGGCUGGGCUCUUUACAUUGUGCUUCAAGUGAACUUUGCUCUGGCAUACAACUAUGGCUAUUGGCUGGCUGGAUACAUGGCCCGAGGUCCUGCUGAGGUCAUUCGUUUUACUUCAACUGUUCGGGCUGUUGAGGCAGCAGGGGGUGCCGUGGCAUCUGGCAUCAGCUCUACCCACGCGCCUUUGCUCGCUGCUGUUGGAGUCAACUUUGGGCUAUGGGGUUUGGCACUUAUCCCUACCUACAUAGUCGUGAGGUCUCUUAACAUCAAAGAUGAGACAUCGCGUGAUGAAGAUGAGGUUAGCAAAAGCACAGACGAGCCCUAA